AACAUUAUUCCUGAGCAAGCCCAGUUAAAUUUUCGCGUUACGCACCUGCGUGAAGUUUACAAAAAUAGAAACCAGUCGCCAGUGGGGCACGGUGACAACAAUUCGCCGAUUAUCACUAGUACUUACCGUUUCUUGCACAAUUUCACAGUAAAUUCGACGUUUUGCCGUAAAGACUGAAAUUUUCACCUCCCGAGCACUCUUUGCGAUGGCCGACGCUAGUAUCGAUUUUUGCAAGGUUCAUCCGUACGGAAGUCUCGACCUGGAAAAUACCAUCAUCUCUGUGCUUAGCCGAUCCGCACUUUUAUGAGCCACAUCGAAUUGAUGCAAUCAUUGGAGCUGAGGUGUAUUACCAUUUAUUGCUAGGCGGUUUUGUGACACUAGGAGUGAGUAUGCCGAUUCUGAAAGAGACCGUUUUUGGCUGGAUUGUGUCGGGAAAAUGUGACACCACUCCGGAUCAGCAAACCGCGUUGACAAUGGUUUGCAGCAACGCCGAACUCGAACACCAACUUACUCGCUUUUGGGAGCUCGAAUCUUGCCAUUCUGAAAAUGCUCUUUCGAUAGAGGAACGUUUAUGUGAAGCGCAUUUCUCUAACACAACUUUUCGUGAUUCGUCUGGACGUUUUGUUGUUUCACUCCCGAAAAAGGAAACAAUUCUCGCUCAGCUCGGUGACUCGUAUGCAACAGCACUUCGCCGAUACUUGUCUUUGGAACGUCGUUUGCAAGCAAAACCAUUACUGAAAAAGGCAUAUGCAUCAUUUAUCAGGGAGUAUGAACUGCUUGGACAUAUGUCGCCUGUAGAUCCAACCAAGGAUAGUCUUCUCCAAACCAAUCCAUACUACAUGCCCCACCACUGUAUUGAAAGGCCAGACAGUGCAACCACGAAACUUCGAGUGGUUUUCGACGCAUCUUGCGCUACUGACACAGGAUUAUCACUAAAUGAUGCUCUAAUGGUUGGUCACAACGAACAAGACGAUCUAUACAGCAUCAUUCUUCGCUUUCGUCGCCAUCGGUAUGCCGUCGUAGCCGAUUUAGAAAAAAUGUACCGGCAGGUGUUAGUACAUCCUUCAGACCGUCACCUGCAACGUAUCCUCUGGCGUGAUUCUCCUACCGACCCAAUUCAGUGUUACGAACUUUUAACCGUUACAUACGGCACCGCGUCAGCGCCAUUUCUGGCAACGCGUUGUCUGCAACAGUUAGCAACAGAAGGGAAAUCGACCCACUCAAGGGCUGCUAAAGCUUUGUUGAAGAAUUUCUAUAUAGACGAUCUACUUGGCGGUACCGAUACAGAGGAAGAAGGAACGGAGCUUUGCAGUCAACUUAUUUCACUUCUGCAAUCGGCAGGAUUCAACUUGCACAAAUGGGCUUCCAAUAACCCAAACAUAAUUAAAAAUAUUCCUGCUGAGCUCCGAGAAAACCGCGACGUAUUAGAAAUUGAUUCUUCGUCAUCUCCAGUAAAAACCCUUGGUCUUUUGUGGCAACCGUUCGAAGAUGUCUUUCGUUUUAAGGUACCAGAGUGGCCGGAAAGGAGCGCAAUCACAAAGCGCUCAGUACUGUCGGAUGCUGCCAGAUUGUUCGACCCGUUAGGGUUGUUGGGCCCAACUGUGUUGAUAUCGAAACUUUUUAUGCAACGAUUAUGGGCUUUGAAACUUGCGUGGGAUGUUCCAUUGGAUGAACCCUUACAAAGGUCCUGGAAAGAGUUCUGCGAGGACCUAGAGAUUCUACGUACCUUUUCCGUACCACGAUGGGCAGCUCCUUGUAUCAGUGAAACAAACUUAGAACUACAUGGGUUCUGUGACGCAUCGGAACGCGCAUACGGUGCGUGUCUCUUCUUACGUACAGUAACUGCCACCGGAACGAUUACCGUUCACCUCCUGACCGCUAAAUCAAAGGUAGCUCCCUUAAACUCUGGGAAGAAACGACAAAUCUCCUUACCAAGACUGGAAUUAGCAGCAGCUCUUUUAUCAAGCCACUUAUACGAAAGGGUACAAGAAGCAUUACAAGUGUCCGGUCGAUCGUAUUUUUGGACAGAUUCAAUGAUUGUCGUCCAUUGGCUGGCGGCAACACCAAGUCGAUGGAAGAAAUUUGUAGCAAACCAGGUUGCAGAAAUCCAGCAUAUCACGGCAGCUGGCACAUGGGGACACGUAGCGGGAACCGAAAACCCAGCAGAUGCGAUUUCACGCGGAAUGCCAGCCUCUCAACUCGUCGAAUACAAUCCCUGGUGGCAUGGGCCUGCUUGGUUAAGCCAAUCCUGCAGGUUUUGGCCUUCUCUACUCAGAACUACCGAUGAUCUCUUCGAAGCAGACCACUUGGAGGAAAAGGUCGUUACUUCGUUACCUGUUGUUGACACCAGUAAUAUUUUCGGUAUUAAAUCGUCCUUUACUGAACUCAUACGCAUAGUUGCCUACAUACGAAGAUUCUCUUACAAUUCGAAAAAGGGGAACAGAAACAUAAGAAUAACUGGACCCUUAUCCACAAGCGAACUCGAAGCAUCUUUACGGAACCUUGUUCGAUUAUCACAGCAGGAAUCCUUUCCGGAAGAAAUACGGUCAAUUCAAACAAAUGGCCAAGUAAAAUCUACGUCUAAGAUAAAGGCACUAUCACCAAUCCUCGUGAAUGAUAUUCUACGUGUGCGCGGUCGCUUGCGCAGCGCCUUAGUUUCGUAUGAUCAGAAACAACCGAUGAUUUUAGACAGUAAGCAUCCUUUAACACUUCUCAUUGCGAGACAUUAUCACAUCAAUUUGUUACAUGCUGGGCCGCAGCUCUUAAUGUCAGCACUGCGUCAAAGAUUUUGGCCAAUUCGACUUCGCAAUCUUGCUCGAAAUGUAGUGCAUCAAUGCAUCACUUGCUUUCGAUGCAAACCCACCGUAUCGAACCAACUUAUGGCAGAUCUUCCGCCAGCUCGUGUGUCUCCUACACUUCCAUUCCUAAAUGCAGGUGUGGAUUUCUGUGGCCCCUUCCAUGUGAAGCCACCUCAUCGAAAGGCUGCCCCACAAAAAUGCUAUGUAGCAGUAUUCGUCUGCAUGUCAACGAAGGUCGUACAUUUAGAGCUCGUUAGCGAUCUUUCGGCUGAUUCGUUUCUCGCAUCACUGAAACGAUUUACGGCAAGGCGUGGGAUUCCAAAAUCCAUUUUCAGCGACAACGCCACCAACUUUGUCGGUACUCAUCGCAUUUUGAACGAAUUUGCCCAACUGUUCCGUUCACAACAAAUUUGAGUGCAUUUAGCUAACCAGUGCUCGAAUCAGGGCAUUCAGUUCCAGUUCAUACCACCAAGAUCACCUCAUUUCGGAGGACUGUGGGAGGCUGCUGUAAAGUCUCUCAAAACCCAUCUCUACCGAACCCUCAAGACUGCACUCGUAACAACCGAGCAAAUGCUGACGCUUCUGAGUCAAGUGGAAGCUUGUUUAAACUCCAGACCGUUGACGCCUAUGAGUAAUCAUCCCGAUGAUAUGGACGUUUUGACACCUGGCCACUUUUUGGUACACCGCCCUCUAACAGCCAUCCCGGAACCAUCAUAUGAGGAAAUACCAGCUAAUCGAUUGUCACAGUGGUAAACCAUUCAAGAAUAUCUGCGUCGCCUGUGGAAACGUUGGUCCACCGAAUAUCUCUCUGGUCUUCAACAAAGAACGCGGUGGACCCAUGAACGAGAUAAUAUCCGAAUUGGAACGAUGGUGUUACUGCGAGAAGACAAUAUGCCACCCAUGAAGUGGAGAUUCGGUCGAGUGCUAGAAGUUUUUCCUGGACGGGACGGCCACAUUAGAGUCAUCAAAGUUCAGACCAAGGACGGCAUCUAUCAACGAGCAAUCACUCGAGUAUGUGUUUUGCCUAUACCGGACAACCCCCCAGCGACGUUCCAGUAGUUCGAGGUUCCAGAUAACUAACAAGGCAAUGUUGGAUGGGAGAGGGCCUUAUGGUCCUCUCACAAGUUAAGUAGCUAGUUUCCAUCAAUUUAUUCCAGACUAUGGUUUCUCCAUCUAAAGUCACCGCGUUUUUGACAGAUACCUUGGGGAUUGACCAACCGGCUUGGUAACGAGAUCCAACCUGUCAACCCACAACCGUUGGUCGAGGAACAUCGAUGCAGAAGGACAUUUCGAUCAGUGGGCCCUGAGAGGACCUGUACCGCAAUCCGAUACAACCGGCGAAGAAAACCGAGAACGCAUACCUCAACUCAGGCAGAAACCGACAAUUAUUCCUAUACUACUGAUUCAAACAUUAUUAUAAUUGUAAAUUUAAAUUAAAUUUCAAUGGUGGGCGGAAUGUUAACGCUAUAUUAGGACUAUCACCCUAAAAGGGAACAUCGAAUGUAACUCUACACAACUCCACACCACACAAAGAGAAACUCAUUUUUUUUAUUCGCUCUCUUUGCUGUAAGCUAGAUCGAAAGAAUAUUUCAUCCUCACUCGAAUAAAGUACGUUAUAGACACAACACCAUACAUCUAAUUCUCUAUCGCGAUCAAUAAAGAUUAGAGCA